AUGAUCGGGCGUUUUGGACAUUCCACAACGCACCAGCGCCAAACAGGCAAAGAUGUAGACAAUGACGCGACCAACUAUUUCGGGCCCCCGCACAUCUCGAUCAGCGGCAUCAACACGCCGCUGAUAAAAUCGCACCUGCAGCACAGGCACAAUGGAAAAAACGCGAAGGCGUUAGUUGCCCUUCAUGUUGUGCACGGUGCGGGUAAAGUCGAGAAACAAGAACACGCCAUGAUGCUGAUCAAGCUGACACAGGCGAUGGCAUACCCCGGGCUCCAUGUGAAUGUUAACCAGCAGCUUGCGAGAGACAGCCGUAUCCAGAAGAAUGAAGAUGAGGAUCGUGGUGAUGAGGAACAUGACGCUGUAAACAUCUGGUUUGGCAGAGCAGGGGCGGCAAAAGUAGCCAUCGCUACGAAACCCGGUGGGACAGGCCCCACAGGCCGCCACAUUUUGGCCAGUAGCGAGUUCUUCUUCAGCAUGGGCUGGCCGACCGCAAAGAUGCCCAGGACAACGUGGCAGAGCGGCACGAGCAAACUCGGCUGGAGUGAUGAAGAGCACAUCACUCUCGCCUUGACCUGA